GGCGGCGGGACCCGCCGGACAAAUUUCCUGCUCGGCUGCGGGCGGCGGGCGGCAGGAGGCGUCGCGAGCGGCUCCAGGACCCCGCAGCCUGCGCGCGUCCCCACGACCCUCCUUCGCGCCCGGCGGGGACAGCGGGGCGCCCCGGAGGGCGGCGGGCGCACGCCCGGGAGAUGCGGAGCCGCGGCGGCGGCGCGAUCGGCGCGACAGCACCGGCCCCCCCGAGACUAUAGCCCCCGUUUUCCCUUGGUUCGCCAUGGAGCCCUUCUGUCCGCUGCUGCUGGCAGGUUUUAGCUUGCCGCUCACCAGGGCUCUCAAGAGCAACGAGACCACCACAGCGGAGAGCAACUGGACCACCACUACGGCAGGCCCUCCGGACCCUGGCACCUCCCCGUCGCUGCUCACCUGGCUGCUGCUGCCCCUGCUGCUGUUCCUCCUCUUGCUCCUCCUCACCGCCUACUUCUUCAGGUUCAGAAAACAGAGGAAAGCCGUGGUCAGCAGCAGUGACAAGAAGAUGCCCAACGGGAUCCUGGAAGAGCAAGAACAGCAGAGAGUGAUGCUGCUGAGCAGGUCCCCCUCGGGGCCCAAGAAGUACUUUCCCAUCCCGGUGGAGCACCUGGAGGAGGAGAUCCGCCUGCGCUCCGCAGACGACUUCAAGCGGUUCCGGGAGGAGUUCACCUCCUUGCCGUCUGGACACAUACAAGGAACUUUCGAACUGGCAAAUAAAGAAGAAAACAGAGAGAAAAACAGAUAUCCCAACAUCCUUCCCAAUGACCAUUCCAGAGUGAUUUUGAGCCAAGUGGACGGCAUCCCCUGCUCGGACUACAUCAACGCCUCCUACAUAGAUGGCUACAAAGAGAAGAACAAAUUCAUAGCAGCUCAAGGCCCUAAACAGGAGACCGUGAACGACUUCUGGAGAAUGGUCUGGGAGCAGAGGUCUGCCACCAUCGUCAUGUUGACCAACCUGAAAGAAAGAAAAGAGGAAAAGUGCUACCAGUACUGGCCCGACCAGGGCUGCUGGACCUACGGGAACAUCCGCGUGUGCAUGGAGGACUGCGUGGUGCUGGUGGACUACACCAUCCGCAAGUUCUGCAUUCAGCCGCAGCUCGCUGAGGGCUGCAAAGCCCCGCGGCUGGUCUCGCAGCUGCACUUCACCAGCUGGCCGGACUUCGGAGUGCCUUUCACCCCCAUCGGGAUGCUCAAGUUCCUGAAGAAAGUGAGGACGCUCAACCCCUCGCAUGCUGGGCCCAUUGUGGUCCACUGCAGUGCGGGCGUGGGCCGGACGGGCACCUUCAUUGUGAUUGACGCCAUGAUGGACAUGAUACACUCAGAGCAGAAGGUGGACGUCUUCGAGUUUGUGUCACGAAUCCGCAAUCAGCGCCCUCAGAUGGUUCAGACAGAUGUGCAGUACACAUUCAUCUACCAAGCCUUGCUGGAGUACUACCUCUAUGGGGACACCGAGCUGGACGUGUCCUCCCUGGAGAGACACCUGCAGACCCUGCACGGCACCACCACCCACUUUGACAAGAUUGGGCUGGAAGAGGAGUUCAGAAAAUUGACCAAUGUCCGGAUUAUGAAGGAGAACAUGAGGACAGGCAACUUGCCAGCAAACAUGAAGAAGGCCAGAGUCAUCCAGAUCAUCCCCUAUGACUUCAACCGAGUGAUCCUCUCUAUGAAACGGGGUCAGGAGUACACAGACUACAUUAAUGCAUCCUUCAUAGACGGCUACCGCCAGAAGGACUAUUUCAUCGCCACCCAGGGGCCCCUGGCACACACGGUGGAGGACUUCUGGAGGAUGGUGUGGGAGUGGAAGUGCCACACGAUCGUGAUGCUGACCGAGGUUCAGGAGCGAGAGCAGGAUAAAUGCUACCAGUACUGGCCGACAGAGGGCUCAGUAACUCAUGGAGAAAUAACCAUUGAAAUAAAGAGCGAUACCCUUUCUGAUGCCAUCAGUAUACGAGACUUCCUGGUCACCUUCAAUCAGCCCCUGGCCCGCCAGGAGGGGCAGGUCCGCACCGUGCGCCAGUUCCACUUCCACGGCUGGCCCGAGAUCGGGAUUCCGGCCGAGGGCAAAGGCAUGAUCGACCUCAUCGCCGCGGUGCAGAAGCAGCAGCAGCAGACAGGGAACCACCCCAUCACCGUGCACUGCAGUGCGGGAGCUGGGCGCACAGGUACAUUCAUAGCCCUCAGCAACAUUUUGGAACGAGUAAAAGCCGAGGGACUCUUGGAUGUAUUUCAAGCUGUGAAGAGCUUACGACUUCAGAGGCCGCACAUGGUGCAAACCCUGGAACAGUAUGAAUUCUGCUACAAAGUGGUACAAGAUUUUAUUGAUAUAUUUUCUGAUUAUGCUAAUUUCAAAUGAAGAUUCCUGCCUUAAAAUAUUUUUUAAUUUAAUGGUCAGUAUAUUUUGUAAAAAUCAUGUUAAUUUAUUUCAUAGUUGACAUUAAUACCCUUCCUAAUUUCUUUGUAUAUAUUUCGUCAUGCUUUAAAGGUCACCUGCUGUAAAGUUAUUAAAUCUUAAAUACCCUUUUUUAAAAAAUUGAAAUAAUAUGUUAAGGUCAAAUAAUAUUUCACAAAAUAUAUAUUUCUGCUAAUAUCAGUAAAUACAUUCAUUCUUCAUUAGAUUCACAGCACAUAAUUUCACACAUUGUGCAUCUCUAAAUGUUGGAAUUCUUAAUAUGCCAAGUGUGCUUAUGCAAGACCCAAACACAAAGGCCAUUGUCAAGACAGUUGAGGACUCAGAAAUCAGCUGAAUAGUUACAAUCCAAGUACAGAUUUUAUAACCCUGAGCAACAGCAUUGCCCUGAAAGCAAGGUAUUAGGGACUUUUGCAAAGUCCUCAGCCUCAACCACAUGGUUUAUCUUUCCCUUGUAAAGAACUAAGACUUUCCAACCUGAAUCCGGGCCUAAGGCACAGCAGAGUACUCAGUGGCUAUGGGGUGAUGUUUAAAGAGGCUGCAUGUGAACCAUGUUGGUAGAUGACACGGGUGAUGACCAGCUCGUGCAUCCACCCGUGGCCUUGGGUACAGCAAAGUCCACCAUCGGGACUGCACUCCUGAAGCACCACUGUGGUUCAUUUGUCUGUCCCUUGAACUCAGAGAACCCAUCCAGCACCUUCUCAUUCUCCCCCAGGCAUGGCGGCUGCCUGAGCUGGCCUGAGCUGGGCCUGCAGGCUCCGUGCAGAAUCCCCUGUCCAAACCAGCCGUGUCUUGGGCACACACAGUCAAGGAGCACACGUUCGGGUGGAAACCAAGGAUGACCACAGAUACACUGUAAAUUUUCUGAGAAGCAUUUUGGUAUUAAAAAGUUUCUUGUAAAAAGCUAAGAUUGUUUGUAAGAAAAGAAAUCUUAAAAAUCUAGAUUUGUACAGUUUUUAAACAUCCCACUCCUCAAUGUUUAAUAAAAAAAAAAAAAGACAGAGAAAUCCUUGAUCGAAAGUCUUAUUUUUGGAUGGAAAUAUUGCUGAGACCUUUAAUAAUAGUGAUCCCACUGCCAGAUGGGAUUGGCUGAGGGGCAGAAGAGAAAGUGGAGAAUGAGUGUCCCAACUGCUAACUCGGCGACAGCCUUGCGGUGGCCAUUAGGCACCUAGCCAAUGAGCACAAUGUUAAAAGCAGACGUCUGGUCUCACUUACUGAAGGCAUUGAACGUGUGCAGUUAAGGUACAUUUUUUGCUUUUAAAAGAGGUAUGAGAUUAUAGUGGCCUUACUUGGCAUUUUCACUGAGCAUCCAGGGCGCUUUGCCUGUUGGACUGUUUAUCCCAUGUUUGUUUACAGUGUAUGCAGUGUGACCGGGUCAGUCACUGUCCUCCACAGGCUCACAGGUAACCAAGCUUCUCUCCCUCCCCAUGGCUUGGAGACCCACGGGGAACCACAGAAGGUGCCCAGCUGGAAGGAGGAAAGCCUGCUCCCUGGCCACCACCACUGCACCUGGCCCAGCGCUGCCGGCACCCUGUCCUCUGUGCAGCGAGUAGGCACCUGGGAGAAGACGGAAGAGGAAGGAGCUCUCUGUGACUUGCCAGUUGCCAUCUGUUUCCCUUGUUAAAAUCCCAAGCCCGAGCCUUUCUUUGACUAAGGAGAAGAGGGCAAUGAGCUUCUUUCACUCAGCACCUGGCAAGGACAGCGUGGAGCUGGUGUCAUUGGAGUUCAAG